GCGCUGGGCGGGGCGGUGCGCGUGGCUGCCCGGCGGCGUUCGGAGCUCCUCUGCCGCGCCCGCCUCGCCGCCAUGCACAGAAAACAUCUCCAGGAAAUCCCAUCCUCCAGCAGCAAUGUUUCAACCAGUUUCACCUGGGACUGGGACUCUAGCAAGACCUCGGAGUUUCUCUCUGGCAUGGGAGUGUCUGUCCUUAAGAAGGACAAGCUGGGCAAUGAAAACACACCACAGGACCUGCUAGUGUCAUCGUCCUGUCCUCCUCAGAAACGACAGAAGGUGAAGGAGAAGGAGAAAGAUUUUGUCAUUGUGCGCCGGCCUCGGCUGCUCCGAGAGGCAGAGUCAGGUAUUUCUUGGGACGUGCUUCCAGAUGAAUUGCUUUUGGCAAUCUUUGCAUACUUGCCUCUAAGUGACUUGCUGAAAGUUUCCCUGAUUUGCAAGAGAUGGCAUCGUCUUUCGUUUGAUGAAUCUCUCUGGCAGACUCUUGAUCUGACUGGUAGAAAUUUGCUACCAGGAGUGAUUGGACAGUUGCUGCCUGCUGGUGUUACUGUUUUCCGCUGCCCACGGUCUUGCAUUGGGAACCCCUUGUUCAAAACAACCAAACCUCUCAGAAUUCAACAUAUGGAUUUGUCAAACUGCACAGUGUCUGUUGAAGAUCUUCAGAGUAUUCUUUGUCGGUGUGAAAGGCUGCAGAACCUCAGCUUGGAAGGACUAGUGCUUUCCGACGACAUCAUCAAGAGCAUUGCUAAGAAUACCAGUUUGGUGCGACUAAAUCUCUGUGGGUGCUCAGGGUUUUCUGCAGAGGCCUUGGAGUUGAUGCUGAGCAGCUGUUCUAUGUUGGAGGAGCUGAACUUGUCCUGGUGUGACUUCACAGCCACUCAUGUCAAAGCAGUGGUCAAUCACAUUACUUCAAAAGUAACCCAGUUAAAUUUAAGUGGAUACAGACAGAAUCUACAAAUAGCAGAUGUUAAAACACUGGUGGAAAGAUGUCCUUUACUUGUCCAUUUAGAUCUAAGUGACAGUGUGAUGUUGAAACCUGAGUGCUUUCAGUAUUUUCAUCAACUCAUCUUUCUGCAACAUCUGUGUCUUAGCCGAUGUUAUCAGAUAUCACCUGCUGCCUUAGUAGAACUUGGUGAAAUUCCAACAUUAAAGACUCUCCAAGUAUUUGGAAUAGUGACUGAUAGCUCCCUACAGCUCCUCAGGGAAACUCUUCCUGACAUGAAGAUCAAUUGUUCACACUUCACUAGUAUUGCCAGGCCAACUGUUGGCAGUAAAAAGAACCAUGAGAUUUGGGGCAUCAAAUGCAGACUGACGCUGAGAAAUCCUAGUGGCUUAUAAUUGUGUACAAUGGACUGGAUGCGAUGGACACUGUGCAUAGUGAAGCUCCUUAAGAAGCAGAGUGCUGGAGCACUUCUAAUUUGUAGCACUGUUAGUGUGAAAAGCAUUUUAAGUUGCUUUUAUACCUUAAUGUAGUUUCAUAAAUAUUUUUACAGUAUUUUUAUACUUUUUUAGGCUUCAGAAAACAAAAUCUGAUCUGUGAGCAACUGUAGAAUUUUUAAGAACUUUUUUUUACAUGGGAACUUUACAAUGAUUGAUUCAUGUUUAAUUAUGUCAGCCUCUAGCAACUGUUGCAGGUUGUAAUGCAGCUUUUGUUGCUCUGGGGUGUUCUGAAGGUGCUUUUGCUUAACUCUUCCAGUGAAGUUCCUUCUAAUAUACAACCAAAAUCCCCCCUGGUGCCAAUGGAGUCCAUUUUCUCUCAUCCCGUCACUUUUUACUGGGGAGAAGAGACCAGCACCCACUUUGCCACAACCUACUUUCAGGUAGAGUGAAGUUUUUCUUUAGCAGGCCACACAGGUAACAUCUGUUUUUAAUAUUCUUAGUUGCCAGCAACAUAGAUUCUAAAAAGCCCACUCAGAAUAAGAAUCUGUAAAAUUAGGUGCUAGUUAUGGUUUUUUUUUCAUGUUGAGCUAGCUCUUCUGAUUAAAUAUUACAGACCCUUAAUGGAGCUUCUGUGAGCUUGAUCUCAGAUGAAACUUCUUUUAAGGAGUAAGAUCUUCAGUGGCAACUGAUAAAUUGGCAGAAAUCUUGCAGCAGGAGGGCUCAAAUGGUUCUUUAUCUCCAGCUACAACCAAGAUCUGGGACUGCAGCAUGAAGUGCUGAAAGGAAGAGAUGCUUUGGUGCUAUUAAGAGACAUCGUUUUCUCUUACAAUACCUUAUGGCUGUAAUAUUUCACUUCUUAUAUCUGUAACUACUGUCUAGUGUUGGGAUGCUUUUUAAGUCAUCUGAAAAUUUAAGUAACUUGAAGAAAAAUCCCAGACUUAACCCAAAACUUUGAUUUGGGUGUGUAAUUAGGGUCCUCUAGCCGAGGGACCUCCAAGAGGUUCCAGCACGUGCUAGUUGAGAAGGCCUAGAGCAAAACUUGGAUCAUGUGUAGACCAUGGAUGUGCUGCUGCUCUUCCCAUACAUGCAGCAGGCAAGCAGGUUUUUAAUUCAUUGUUUAUUCAUGGAUAUUUAAGGUUAGCCUACAGCAGUAAUGUAGAGCUGUGGUGUAAGCAUAGUGUUUCCCAUCUCAAUGUGAAAAAGAGUUUGGGAGUAAUACUCUGUAGACCAGAACAGAUUAAUUACUGUGGAAAGAUUGUUAUGAGUACUAGAAUUUCAUAUUUAAUUCCUAUAUAGCAUAGCAAAUACAGCAUUAUGUUGUUAAUAUGUUUUAAGUUGUUUUGAUUUUUACUAAACAGUGUAAGCAACACUCGAGUCACUCAUGGGCUUGUGCCCCUUACAGACAAGUUAAUGGGUGAUACAGCUUUUGAAAGCUGGAAUGGAGGAGUGACUGGGGGUUGGGGGAUACUGCAUAUUCUACUGCUUCACAGCUUUCAGCUUUAGGCCUGUACUUUAAAUUAGUUUAAGCAAAAUGGUAAAUCUUUGCAGCACAGUGCUAUUGUUAAUUCUUUUUUUUUAUGCACAAUGUAACCCCACAGAACUUCUCUUGCAUUUAAUAAAGGUUUAAGGAAUCAA